CUGACGUGAGAUCGAGAAGGUGCGUGUUGUUCUGUUUUACUAAGGCAUAGACGUUUGCCGACUUUGUCUGGGCAUUUUGUUCAGAGGGAAAAGAGUGGCAACCCCCUUCAGGAUGCAUAUGAAUAGCGUAUUAAACCAGUGGACGGAUAUCUCCAGGAUGUGUGAGGUUGACGUAAGCUCGGAGCCCAGCAGCCCUGCUCUGUAUGGGGAGUCGUCAGACACCUACUUCCAGGUGGACCGCUGGCAAAGGCUCCGCACCGCAGUGCGCAAGCUCGAGUUCUGGGAGAACUUCACCGCUGAGCUCAUCGGAAGCGGCUUCUUCUCCAAAGUCUACAAGGUCAUGCACAACACCACCCGUAAGGUGAUGGUGGUGAAGAUCUACAAGAACGACGUGGAUCAGGACAGCAUCGUGAGAGAGAUCAGCCUGCUGCAGAGACUCUCCCACCCUAACAUCGUCAGAUACCUUGGGAUCUGUGUCAAGGAAGAUAAACUCUAUCCAAUUCUAGAGUAUGUGAGCGGAGGCUGUCUGGAGGAGCUGCUGGCCAGGAAGGAUGUGCCGCUCUGCUGGAGAGAGAAGGUGGACCUGGCGUCCGACAUCACCAGAGGCAUGAUCUACCUGCACUAUAAGAACAUCUACCACAGAGACCUCAACUCAAAGAACUGUCUGAUCCGGGUGACAGCGCGAGGCAGGGAGGCCUUGGUCACAGACUUUGGCCUGGCCAGGGAAGUGGUGGAACUCCCUGCACUUCCUGCCAAGGACAGGAAGUUGUCAUUGGUGGGCUCUGCCUUCUGGAUGGCCCCUGAGAUGCUGCGUGGGGAACCGUAUGACCGCAAGGUGGACGUCUUCUCCUUUGGGAUCGUGCUGUGUGAGAUCCUGGCAAGAAUCCCAGCGGACCCUGAAGUCCUUCCCAGAACACAAGAUUAUGGCCUGGACAUAUCAGCUUUCAGAAAGCUUACGAGUGGAUGCCCACAGCGUGUUCUGGAGCUGGCUGCCAGCUGUUGUCUGUUGGAGUCUUUCCGGAGGCCGUCGUUCACAGAGGUCCUGGACGAGUUAGGGGAGAUCGCGGAGGCCCUGGAGCCCCCUCACACGGAGCUGACCACAGGCUGACGACGGGUGACCGGGGAGGCUGAGCUGGCACCCACGCGCCCGCCAGACUGACUGACUGUAGUGAACUCAAAUACUGAGACGUUACCCUAGACACAAGCACCACGUAGAAGAGGAAGAGGAUGAGGAAGAGGAUGAGCUGCACCACAUAAAGAAGCAGACACUCGCGGUCGGUGCUAACUGCUGAAAGGAUACGGUCGACAGCACCCCCUAGAGGUAAUCAUCUGAAGUCAACACAGAGACAGGUAACACAGUGGAGAACUUAACUUGGAGCAAAGACUGUAUGAUGCUUACUUCUCUUCUGUAUUGAAUGUGGAAACUUACACUUUAAACAACUUUUUUUUGUACAUUAGUUUGAACCUUUUUAAAAUGGUCAUGAUUAACCACAGAAUUAACUCCGAAGUGGAUUUUAAUAGAUGACUACGCUUUCACCGUUGGCAUUGUUCCCUGUAAUAACGGGUCUUGAAAGAAUAAUUCUGUUGUUAAGGAGUGCAUGUAUUGAAGUAAGUAAGUGAGUGUGUGAGUGAGUGUGUGUGUGUGUGUGCCUGUGUGCCCACAUCAGUGUUUUCAUAUGAUGGAUUAUAUCUGAAUCUUUUAUUUAUUUUGAAAAGAAGAUAUCUUCACAACCACAAUAUUAAAGCUCUUUUUAAAGAACUCGUAUCAGGACUGUGUUAAAAAAAGACACGUGUAGGACUAUCUCCAUAGCCACCAGGUAUAUUGAUUUGUACGGUAGAGUCAGGAAUUAGUCACCUCUUCUGGGCAUGCAUAUUCUCAUUCAUUCUAAUAGUACAUAGAUAGUUUACCAAACUGUAGGCUAAAAGAGCACUUUUUUAUGUCAAAUGAAUUUGAAUCAUUUUACAUAACUGACAUACGCACACACAUGCAGGUGUACACACACACACGUAAUACAUAC